GACACCUCUUUGCACAUGGAGUCUGAUGCUGCUACACAGAACCUGGAAGCGCGGGCAGUGCAGGCCGAAGCCGGGGACCAGCGUGAUCUCAUGGCCGAGGAUGAAGAGGACAUUGCUGCAUGCAGACUGGAUGUCAGCUCGGAGUCCUUUGACCCGCUCCUGGCUUUGUACACCCCGCACACCCCGCUGCCAUUCCCCAAUGUGCGCUGCUUCAACAACCUGGCGGAGUAUGAGAGCUUCCUGCGGGGAGGGGGCCGGGGGAGAGCCCGGGGACAGGGCACCAAGAAGGCAAGCCGCAAGGGCAAGCAGGCCCCCGACCCUGGGCGGAUAGAAAGGCUCAAAAAGCUGAUGCUGCCGGAGGAGGAAGGAGCUACCCCACCCAAACCCAGGAGGAAAAAGACCCCCAAAAAUGUGCUGACCCGCAUGCCAUUGCAUGUGGGUAGUCCCUUGGGAGAGCUGAAUCGUUGUAUCCAAGACAGAAUCCGAAUUAAAGUCCAUAUUCGAACAUUCAAGGGUCUUCGUGGUGUUUGCUCUGGGUUCAUUAUCGCCUUUGACAAAUUUUGGAAUAUGGCAAUGGUAGAUGUGGAUGAAACCUACAGAAAGCCAGUUCUGGGAAAGGCAUUCUACAAUGAGCCUCAACUGACUUUAAACAAGUUGUUUGAAGGGUUGAAACUCCAGGAAUCAGGCUUACAAUCUACAGGAUCUGGAGAGGAUACAUCAAAGAAACAGCUUUUUCCCCAAACUCACCCUACAGAUGGAAAAAGUAAAGAAAGCCGCAAGUUAUCAUCCAAACCAGAGACUUCUUCGUAUUCAGCUGACAGUGCCAGUUGGACACCAGAAGAAGAUAAAAAGGAGAAUACUGGGAAGAAACAGCAGACUAGACAUCGGAAGAAGAAGGUGGAUUAUCAGCAGGUGUUCACGCGGCACAUAAAGCAAGUUUUUAUUAGAGGAGAAAAUAUAUUACUAAUCAAUAUUGGUGACUAAGCAGCAGUCAUAGCUGAUUAUAGCAAGACAAACACUGCAGGUGCAUGUGCUCAGACCUGCAUAGGAGAGGAUAGCAUUCUUUUACAGGGGAAGGGAUUAUCACGUUACCCAUGGAUUUAGAUGAGAGCCUAUUCUAGACAUAUUUCACUCCCCUCCUUGACAUUGAUGGAUGCUGCAGACUCUGCAACUUGGCAUAAUCUACUACUUUCCACUUGGUGGCACAAGUGUGACUUUGAAAUUCUGCAUUCUGAUUGAAGCUUAGGCAUUCCAGGAAUGUCUGUAUUUACUCUGAGUGCGAUGCCUUAACAUAUUUUUUUUUAUUUUUUAUUAAGUGCCUACCAUGUGUUCACUGCUUCAAAAAAACACAGAGAGUAAAUUAGAUUAUGGUAUUUUUUUUAUUGAAAUAAAAUCUUAAAAUGUGAA